AGUCAUUUAGAGCACAACACAUAAACUAACAAAAAUGGAAGUAAUGAAGAAGAAAGAAAACACCUCUAGAAAAAUGAAGGGUGGAAUGAUCACUAUGCCCUUCAUCUUUGCAAAUGAGAUAUGUGAAAAGUUGGCAGUGGUGGGAUUUGGUGCAAAUAUGAUAAUAUAUUUGACAAAUGAGCUCCAUCUUCCAUUGACAAAAGCAGCUAAUACUCUUACAAACUUUGGUGGCACUGCAAGUUUGACUCCAUUGCUUGGAGCUUUCAUUGCUGAUACUUUUGCAGGAAGGUUUUGGACCAUAACAAUUGCUUCUAUCAUCUACCAAAUGGAGGUCACUGGUUCGAGCCAUGGAAGCCGCCUCUUGCAGAACUGCAGGGGUAUGAUCAUUUUAACAUUAUCAGCAAUACUUCCACAACUAAGGCCACCUACUUGUAAAAGUGAUGAAAUAUGCAAAGAAGCAAAUUCUGGUCAAUUAGCCAUUCUCUAUAUAUCAUUACUCUUAACAGCAUUUGGUUCAGGAGGAAUUAGGCCAUGUGUUGUAGCAUUUGGAGCAGAACAAUUUGAUGAAACCAAUCCAAAUCAAAAAACACAAACAUGGAAAUUCUUCAAUUGGUAUUAUUUUUGUAUGGGAUUUUCCAUGCUAAUAGCUGUGACAGUAAUUGUUUAUAUCCAAGAUAAUAUUGGAUGGGGUAUAGGAUUUGGUAUUCCAACAAUUGCUAUGCUUAUUUCAAUUAUUGUCUUCAUAUUUGGAUACCCUUUAUAUAGAAAUUUGGAUCCUGCUGGUAGUCCUUUUACUAGGCUAUUACAAGUUUGUGUUGCUGCCUACAAGAAAAGAAAAUUGGACAUGGUUUCUGAUCCUAAUUUCUUGUACCAAAAUGAAGAACUUGAUGCUGAUAUUUCUACUGCUGGCAAGCUUGUUCACACUAAGCAAAUGAAAUUCUUGGACAGGGCAGCAAUUGUGACAGAGGAAGACAAUCCAAAAUCUCCGAAUCUAUGGAGAUUAAACACAGUUCAUCGCGUAGAAGAGCUAAAAUCAGUGAUCCGAAUGGGACCAAUAUGGGCAUCAGGAAUUAUUCUAAUCACAGCAUAUGCUCAACAACACACAUUCUCAGUACAACAGGCAAAAACAAUGGACAGACACUUAAUAAAAUCCUUCGAAAUCCCAGCUGCAUCAAUGACAGUCUUCACAUUAACAACAAUGUUAUGCACCAUUUGCUUCUAUGACCGCGUUUUUGUGCCUAUAGCGCGUAAAUUCACUGGUCUAGAACGAGGCAUAUCGUUCCUUAGCAGGAUGGCUAUCGGCUUCUUUAUUUCAGUUCUAGCCACAUUAGUAGCCGGAUUUAUUGAAGUUAAACGAAAAGAAGCAGCGUUAACUCAUGGACUUAUCGAUCAAGGUAAAGCGAUAGUUCCCAUUUCAGUAUUUUGGCUUGUGCCUCAGUAUUGCUUACAUGGUGUAGCUGAGGCAUUUAUGUCAAUUGGACAUCUUGAAUUUUUCUAUGAUCAAGCACCAGAGAGUAUGAGAAGUACAGCUACUGCAUUAUUUUGGACAUCAAUUUCAGCUGGGAAUUAUUUGAGUACACUUUUGGUUUCAUUAGUGCAUAAAUUUACUUCAGGUGGUGGAGGAUCAAAUUGGUUACCUGAUAAUAAUUUGAAUAAGGGAAAAUUAGAGUAUUUUUAUUGGUUAAUCACAAUUCUACAAGUGAUUAACUUGAUGUACUAUCUGUUUUGUGCAAAAUUCUAUACUUUUAAACCUAUUCAGGUACAGAAGACAGAAGAUUUGGACUCUAAAAAAGAUAGUAUUGAACUUGUACACAAUGUUUAGUUUGUAUUAGUAUUCUUGAUUUAGAAGGUUUUUGUAACUUUGGCCUAUGGUUAUGUCCUAUUAUGUAGUAAUAAUUUUAGGUUAGUAGGAAAGAAAUUAAUGGUAUUUAUAGUUGUAGUAGGUAAAGGAGAAAGUUUUUGAGAAAUAGUUUUAAUUGUAUUGCUCCAUAUUAAGUAUCAAGCAAUAGAUUCUGGUUUUAUACUUUUUGCA